GCUCUUCCUAUACAUUAUACAAAUAUUACAUUAAUAAAACUGUCCAAGUAACAAGCCGUUGAUAAGAGAAUUGUUUUAUCGGUUGCUGAGAUUUAGAAUCCUGCGAGUCAUUAUGACUGAAGCAGUAUAGUUGAGUAUAGUAUAUAAAGCGAAACGACUCAACAUAAUACCGGAGUACUGCCGAUUAGACUUUGUAAAAACUGUUUGCACAACAGAGCAUUGACAUAGAUAUUAAAAAAAUGGUGAAAAACUGAGGAGCACCGAUCCGUCUUAAAAUUGAUUUCUUCUUAUAAUUCAUCCGAAAUAUGAAAAUCGUAUAACGAUGGCGAUUUAUUUGGAAUUAAUUUGCGGCCUCGUAGCCCUGGUACUGGGCUUCUAUUAUUAUUUCAUUUCUACCUUCGAGUUUUGGAAAAUUCGGGGUGUGCCCGGACCAAAACCGGUCCCGGUUUUUGGUAAUAUAAAGGAGACGAUGUUACUGAGACUAUCGAUGGCCGAUUAUUUGAAAAGGAUUUACAAGGAAUAUGAAAACGAGCCUGUGAUUGGAAUUUUUACUAGAAGAACGCCGAUUUUAAUUUUGAAGGAUAUGGAACUGAUAAAGGACGUGUUGAUAAGGGACUUCUCGAAAUUCGCUGACAGGGGUAUUCCCGUUAAUGAGAAGGCGGACCCAUUGUCCCCUCACCUUUUCAAUCUCGAGGCAGAGAGGUGGCGGCCAUUGAGGACUAGACUGUCCCCAGUUUUCACAUCCGGAAAGCUGAAAGAAAUGUUCCCAUUGAUAAUCGACUGCUCUACGAAUUUUGAGAAACAUUUGGAUAAAUUGGUAUCGAAAGACGAGCCGAUCGAAUGCCGCGAGUUGACCGCACAAUUUACGACGGACGUGAUUGGUUCCUGUGCGUUUGGGAUUGAAACGAACGCGAUGUCCGAAGAAGAGAGCGAGUUUCGAAAAAUGGGGAGGAAAGUGUUCGCGCCUUCCGUCGCGCAAAUUAUAAAAUUCAGAUUGAGGCAGGCGGUCCCUUGGCUCCUCACUUUACUAUCUUAUAUUUUGCCACCGUCGGAUAUCGUCCAGUUUUUCACGAAAACUAUUGUCGGUACAAUGAAUUAUAGGAAGGAGAACAACAUCGAGAGACCGGAUUUUGUUAAUAUGUUGAUGGAGUUAAAAAAGCAUCCAGACAAGUUAGAAAACAUCAAGUUGACGGAUACUCUGUUAACCGCUCAAGCGUUCGUCUUCUUCGUCGCUGGUUUUGAAACGUCGUCUUCGGCAAUGAGUAACGCGCUCUAUGAGCUGGCAUUAAAUCCUAAAAUACAAGAUAAAUUGCGAGAAGAGAUUAGACAGUAUUACAAGGAAAAUGACGAACUCAAGUAUGACAAAAUUAAAGAUCUCACUUAUCUGGAUUUAGUAUUUCGAGAGACACUAAGGAAGUAUCCACCGGGGCCACUGCUGAUGAGAAAAUCGAUACACGAUUACACGUUUGAGAACACCAAAGUUACAAUACCGGCGAAAACAUUUAUAUGGAUACCAUUGUAUGCGAUUCACCAUGAUCCAAAGAUUUAUCCAGAUCCAGACGCUUUCAUCCCGGAAAGAUUUAACGACGACGCCGUUGCUUCGCGACACCCGAUGAGCUACUUGCCAUUCGGCGAUGGACCCAGAAAUUGCAUUGGAGCAAGGUUCGCCGUUUAUCAAUCGAAGGUGGGACUGAUGACUAUUUUACGGAAUUACAAAGUGGAAGUUUGCGACAAAACUAAGAUCCCUUAUGAAAUCGAACCAGCUGCAUUCUUAUUGGCACCGAAAGGUGGUAUACAUUUAAAAUUCACGAAAAUAGAAAGUUAACAAACAUCAUUAUUGUAUAUACAUUUUUAUACACACGCUAUGUAUACAUUAGAUAGCUUUAAAAACACAUAUUAUAACAUAUCUAUAUUAUAUGUUUAUAAGUAUUUGGAAGAUAAUUAGAUAGGAAACUAAUCAUAAAUGAGAAACGUAUAUUUGUAUGGAACUAAUUUUGUAUAAUAAAAUAUAAAAUGUGGUUAUCAUAAUUAA